AUGGGCUUACCUCUUAUUUGUGUUAACCUAAUAAAGUGUUAGGAUUAUUAUGCGCGAAGAUGAACAUUCCUUGCUCUUUCAAAACUUGGGGCGAGAUCACUUACCUGUAUAUAAGGGGGUCUUAAAAUAACUUACUCAUGUUCACUGAAAGUUUGGAUUAAGCCGGUAAGUAGCCUGCGUCGAAGACGUACUUUAACAUUGGUUAGUGACGUCUGCGAAGCAUCGCCGAGACUAUUCUCGUUGUAGGUCCCCAACGGACUCAGCGAAUUACCGGAGGUGCGUUUGGAAUUUCCUUUAUUACUGAUUGGCAAAUUAACGACGUCUUUUUUCACAGGCCAAUCAUGGCGCGUAUUCAAAUCUUGGUACACAGUUGGGGCCCAGAACAAGGAUUUAGGCGCUGUUUUGUAGACCGACUUAACCAGAGCUGAGUUUCGUCUGUGGUGCAGGCUAACUGUUACGUAGAUUACCAGUUUCAUGUUUAAAAUCGCAUCCUGGCCACAGUUGUAAGUGCAAAAUGUCUUGGCCAGUUUUUUUGCGAAGAAUAUUAAUUCACUAAAGGGGUGACUCUGAAAAAACAAGCCGGUCAAAUUUAAUUGAUCUUUAGAUGUCGGGACGAUAUCGUUCUUGUAGCAACAAGAAACCAGGCUCUUGAGGGAAACAACACAACGAGAAGAUACUGGGAACCAGUAUAACUAAUCAUCUUUAAUGGAAAACUUAAUAGUUAUAUAUUAAAACACCUGUUAUACCGUUAAAGUGAUCCGGGAAAAAAUGUUACUGUGCCUUGUACUCGUCUUUGCCGAAACUGCAUCGGGCCUAAGCCGUAUUUCAGGACCUGGUUUUCAAGCUGUUAACUUUGCUAAGGCGAAAGAAGGACGAAAGUUGAAUGGAGGCGUGAUAAAAGAAAUGCAAGUUGAUACAGAGGGUGCGUGUAGGCGUCAAUGUGUCAAUGACGAGCAAUGCCGCUCUUACAACUUUGGACUCAAGAAGAAUAAAGCUGGGAAUUUCCUGUGUCAGUUAAAUGGUUGCGAUAGAUUUGUUGGCUUUGGCAACUUCACAGAAGAUGACAAUUUCAGUUACAGAGGAAUGGAGGUAAUUAACCGUCAAAAGAGAAUUAGUUAAGGAUCUUGGAAGAAAAGAAGAUAGCAAGGAAAAAUUAGAAGCUUGCUGGUUAGGUUAUCACUGUACUUAUAGCGAUUUAACGAGUGGAGACUGUUGUAAAAACAGUUGAAAUUUUCAGCACUCGAAUGACGCUAAACUCAUUAAAACUUUAUCCUAACAGAGCCUCAUCCCCAAUUGUAACAAGUUCUUAGUUAUCAAAGAUUUCCCUGAAUGACCAAAGAGGUUUAACGUUUGAAACUAAAUUGGUCGGUGGCUUUAUCAGUACUGAGGAAAUCAAGAGCGAAGACGCAGUUCAUAUUGUACAAAAAACUGCGACUGUAUUCUUUAAAUUUAUUUUGUUCAUAUUUCGUUUUCUUGUACGUGAUAAAAUAAAAUCUACUAUUUAAGGACAAUGAAUUAUUAAUAAUACAAGGACCAAACUAAGUCAUUUAUAACUCUUAUUCAAAAGCCAAUUUUGGAAGUAUAAUUUCCGUUGUCUUAAAUGGAUUGACUGUCAUGUUAAAAGAACAACAACAACGAACAACGGGUGGUAGAAGGAUAGUUGCACGCAACCGGACUUUGUUUGCUAACCUUUUUUAGUCGCCAAAUAGUUUCAUUUUUUUAAAGCGUUUUGAUCCCAAUUGGUCUCGCUAGUUCUAAAGAUCGCGAACCUUUGUUUAAGAUAAGCACGUCUUAUAGUUUACGAACCAUAACUCCGUUACAAUGUACUUUUAUCCCAUUGAUAUGUAUUUUUGUAUUUAUGAUUGUAAGCGCUAAAGCUUUUAUGAACUCGUUCGCGUGUGUUAAAUAUAAAGUAAAGAAAUCUUACUUUUAAACGAGGCCAUCAAAUGAUCCUCUAGAUACGUAUAAAAGAAUGCAUAACUGGGCCUAAACGACUUCAUGUAGCCAUCUGUUUUCUAACCUGUUCCAAGCGUAAUCAGAUAGUGGAGAGCGCUACGAAGUAAAGAAAGGGCUUUUAUUUUUUCGCGCUCCUUUUUACUUCGCACCGCUCCCCACUAUCUGAACGCCUGGAACAGGCUAUCUGUUUUCGUAACAACACAAGGGAAGAAUUCCCUCGUUUUGAUGUAGAUUUUCUUGACAUCCACGAAAUCUUAAUAGCAACAUGUGCGUUUUUUGUUGAGUUAAAGAUAUUUUUUCCCUUAACAGAGUGUCUGCGAGUCUGACAGCUUAAAUCCUUGUGGUGACAAGGGAAUUUGCAUCCCAGACUACUCCACCGGCAGCUUUGCAUGCAAAUGUGACAAAGGGUACGGAGGAAUAUCGUGCGGUAAGGAUCAAAUACUUUUCCCAACCUUUUUCGCCGCCGUCUUUAAGGUUAUCUACGGCUACGGCAACUAUAGCCUAUUGUACAUUAUGCUGGCAUUUUUUCCCAGCAUUAUAUUGAGCCAAAAGCAUUAAGCAUUGUUCGAGCAUUUUAGUGGAAUUUUCCAGGAAAAUCAUUUUUCAACUACCUGUUUUGGAGAAAAUGAAAAUUAAAAAAGAAAUUAGAGUAAAAGAGCAAAAAGAUUCAAAUGCCACCUUAACACAGCAGAUUAGAAUAUUCAACCCAUUAACUUGUAUACAUUAUUUUCAGUCAACAAAAGAAACAAAAACCUGAUUUGUUUCCCUUUCAACACACUAUUAAAUUUACAUGGCAGUUCACAAAACUACUGUAGUAUCGUCUUUCGACCUCUACAGUGGAUCGCUAAGGGACGGACCAUUAGAAAAGUUAUGGGGGGGGAGGGGAAUUUUCGAGCCGCAGGAAUUUUUUUCGUUAGCAAAUUCCUUGUAUGAAUUUUUUUUAGGCCAUAGCAUGAACAUUUUUUAAGGUUCAUUGGCAUGCAAGAAUUUUUUUUCAUUUAAUUUUCCCUUGCGCGAAUUUUUUUUUUUUGUACUUCGCCCGCCCCCCCCCCCCCCAUAAGUUUUCUAAUGGUCCGUCCCUAAGGUAUUAAAAUAACAGACACGUCACGUAGCAAUGCACAAAAAAUAACCCCUUGUAAUGAGGCUAUUUGGUUACAAGAGUCCUUGGGAUACGGACGUUUUUAUACGUUGUUGUUAAGACAAAAAUAAGUAAUAUUUCAUUCCAAACGUUUAUCAACCGCUAUCUAAUUUCUCUCUUUUAGAAAAAGUAUUAAAGAGCUGCUCUGAAAUCACCCCAUCCGGUCUGUAUUACACCAUCCCAGAUGGUGGUAAGCCAAUACAAGUGCUUUGUGACACGACUACCGACGGUGGAGGUUGGACUGUCUUUCAGAGACGUUUAAACGGCUCCCUUGAUUUUUAUCGUGGCUGGGAAUCUUACAAGAAUGGGUUUGGCGAUCUAAACGGUGAGUUUUGGCUUGGAAACGACAAUCUUCAUCGUUUGACAGCCGCCGAUGAUGUCAUACUUAGAGUUGACUUGGAGGACUUUGAUGGCAACACGGCUUACGCUGAGUAUACUACUUUUAAGGUCGCUAACGGAGCCGAUAAAUACCGUAUUUUGGUUGAGGGAUACAGAGGCACAGCUGGAGACUCGAUGCAGGUUUCAUUAGGGAGCCUAAGGUAACAAAAUAUUUAUUUGCCGGCCCAUUUACUCUGAAAUUUUAUAAAUCAAAGAUGAAAAAAAAUUUUGUCAGCAAAGCUCUAUACUGACUUUCGGUGAAUUUUGGUUUAGAAACAAUGAUUUUCACCGACAACUAAACCGCCAAUAAAGUCAUGCUAAGAGAUGAUUUUGAGGACUAAGACGGACUAUGGCGCUUGAUCAUGAAAGAAAAAUAUUUUGCAACAGAUAAUACAGGGAUAGAAUGGUAAGCCUGGUUACUCGAUGUGAGUCCGAAAAUCAUUGUAAUGUUUUAAGCCGCAAGAACAAGACUUAAAUAUUUCAAAUGCAGAAUCGAUGUCAAUUUUUGUCCGAGAGAAAAAGUCGUACUUUAAGGGUUUAGGGUUAGGGUUAGAUGGCGAUUUUAUCAAAAGUUCGUUAAAAAAUUUGCAUUUUUCUCAAUAUGAAAAAUGAAAAAUAAGAAUGUCGUGAUUUCACCCACUUAACCUUUUUACUUAGUUAAGCUUAUGUGCAGUGAUUUUCCGUUAAUGGGACCACCGUCUGGCCACGGAGUAUAACGACGUGGUCGUAUAUACGGGUUUUCAAGAUAGUCGUGAACAGUGGCCUCCUCACAAGUGUUUCGUGCUCACUCGUCUUUGUACCGUAGUCCCCACUAUCUGAAUAGCCUGCAUAACAGACGCUUGAAUUUAUGAGCCAAGCGAGGCAAACGCGGCAUCGCGCGAAGCGAUAAAAGAGCGGGAGGCACGAGACGAAGGGAGAAAAUCGUCUCGCGCUUCGCGCAAAAUGCUAAAGCGCCUGUUACGCGGGCAAGGCAGGAUUCCACUGUAAAAUAAAUAACUUAGUUUGUUUGGUUUGUUUGUUUGUUUGUUUGUUUGUUUUUUGAGAACUUCCAAGAAAUUUGUUUUUACGGACGAGUGCUCUUGCAAAGUAUAUUAGAACAUAUAUUUUGUGGUUUCAUUUUAACCUUGGUUUAAAUUUUAUUUUCCUUUAUUUCAAAAUCAUUAUCAUCCAUGGCCAUACAGUGGCGGAUCCAAGACCUUCAGAUAAGCGGGGGGCGGUGACAAAAAUAUUUUUUUCGCCCUUCGGGCCUCAGUUUAGGCUAAAAAUAAAGGGGGGGGCAAGGAUGCAAUUGAACCACACACAACAUGUACAUGACGUUCUUACAAGAAAAUCUUUUUGUAUAUGAUUUGUGCCGUUUACCUUUGUCCGCAGUAACAUGCAGUUUACAACCAAAGAUGCCGACAACGAUCAGCACGACAGCAACUGCGCUGUGUUAUUCAAGGGAGCGUGGUGGUAUAGGUCUUGUUCUUGGGCAAAUCUCAAUGGAUUGUAUUAUGGUGGACCCUAUAGCAGUCCAAAAAGCGACGGAGCAAAAUGGAAAACGUUUAGAGGACAGUUGUAUUCUUUAAAACGCACUGAGAUGAAGUUAAAACCCAAGCCGUAA